GAAAAUCAACGGCCUUUUUUUUUCCCCUUUCAAAUCCUUUUAUUCUGUGAGCUCUUUGGAUAGUUUCAUUUAGCUCUGCCACAUGGUAUUCUUUACAUGAAGACUUUAAUGGUACUUUUUCUACCUGAGCAUUUUUUGGCAUUUAUGGUCUGCUACAUGGUAUCAGUUACAUGGUAUCAGUUAGUAUUAAGAAGUCUGGUGAUUCAGCUGGUUGGUAUCCUCUGGGAAGGCUUGUCAUUCAGCACCAACAACUUCGUGAGAGGCUUUCAUUUUAGUGCCUUCCUUUUGGAAUGACUUAGUGAAUUCAUAGGAUGCCCUUAGAAAUAACUUGAUAGUGUAUGCCUCAAGAGGAGGAAAGAGUCUUGUGUUCUCCUAAGCUUACAAAAAAAGAGAAUGAUCUCAGAGACUAGGUGGAACUCGGGAGCUGGCAGUAGCAUUCUUGUGUGUUUGCUUGGUUUGGGCUGUGUGUAUCCUCUUCCUUUCAUUUCCUCUUGUUUCAUAUCCAUGGCUAUCUUUCUUUUACAUGAAAUGAGCAAAGAAAACAAUGCUGAAAGAAUGCUGUGCCAACAGAUUCCUUUGAUAUGAUUUGGGGGUAUCUAAAUCACACUACUCUAGAAAUUUAUGUUGGAGGCAAACUGUAAAGCCUUCUCUGUCUCCUUUCUAAUCAGUUUGGUGUUUACUUUUAAAGAGGUCAGACUCAGACACAUUGAUCUUUAUUUCUUAUAAUAUAUUUAAAGCAAAAUUGGAGAAUCCAAGUAGUCUGUGAUGGAACAGUUAUCCAACUUAUCAGAUUAUUGAUGAAAUUGAGAAGUGUAAUAAGUGUCUACAACAAAUAGAAGCUGAUAGGACCCAAAGGUAGAAAUAGCAGCUGCUUCUAUAGGAGUGACUACUGAGGGAAAACAUCAAUCCCUGAAGUACAUUUUUAUGUGAUUUAACUAUAACUGAAUACUAGGGUCUGGUCUGCAUAUUCUUGAAAGGUAACUGAACCCCCUUUGUUUUCCACUGAAUAGUAAUAGUUUGCCAUCCUGGUAGAACAAGACGGAAGGUAUUUGAAUGCAUGUCAGACUUGGAAGAUGCUCUUGUAAGCUUUGUUUUGAUAUUUUAAAAUUAUAGCUACUUAAGAGUCCUAUACAUAUGAACUUAAAUCUACAAAUGGACUGUUUCAGGUCUAUUCCUGGGUGGCCAAAUUCAUCUUUUAAUACAGGAGUAAUUUUUUUUUUUGUUUGUUUUGUUUCAUGGAUCCCUUUAACAGUCUGGUGAAACUGUUGAUGGUUUUCACAGAAAAAAAUAUUUUUCUAUGAAUAAAGUAAAAAUACAUAGGAUUACAAAAGGAAACCAUUUAUAUUGAAAUGUAAAUGUCAAAAUAUUCGUAUAAAUCUAAGUUGGUAAGAACACUUCUAUAAUGAAUUGAGAAUUUCUUAAUUCAGAUCCAAACAAAUUCCAAAAGCUAAUGAGUAAAAAGAAUUAAGAGUUUUGGCUAUUAAAAAUAAUUUGAAAAUUAGGCAACCUUUUUACAAGGUUUAAAAAACAACAACAACAAAAAAAAAGCCAUCUCACUAAGUUCAUACUUUUCCACAUCUGAUGCAUAGGAAAGAAGCUGCUCAUUUCUGCUUCAGUAAAUAUUGAGUAUGUGCUGUAUAUAAGACACUGAUAGGUGUUUAGAGGGUGUACAAAGAGGUCAUUGGUAAGUGUAGUUCUCUUAGAAGGCAUGAGUAUCACACUGGAUUCUCAAAGAGGAGUUCUUUGGAGGGGUAGGGUGAGAGGGAGGAAGAUAUGAUUUGGGAAGAAGAGAACUAAGAAGAUGCUAUCUGAGAAUAGAAUUGGAUUUGUGGGUCAGUUCUUAGAAUAUUAUAAGGAAAAAUUCUGGGCCACAGAUGGUGUACUCCUAACAGAGGCUUUUAAAAUUGUUAUUGUCUGUUGUUUUGAAUAUAUUAUAAUAAGGGUAUGGGAAGAAGAAAGCUACAAAUGUAUGAUCUACCAGGUGAGAUAUAUAAAGGAUAACAAUGAAGGGGAAACUGCAGCCAAAACACCCAGAAAUUCAUGAGACAAAAUCCAAAAAAGGAAGUCGUAGCAAAGUCUAUGACCUCAAGUGAAAAUAACAAGCCAGCUCCCUAAAGAUGGUAACAAUGGAUCAUUUACUCCCUUUCCCCUUCCCAAGGUUGAAGAUGACCUGAGGAAUCAGAGAGAUUAAUGAACAGAAAAUGAUAAGAAGAGAGGGAAUGUUUCCCUGGGAAGCUUGAGGAAAGAGUCUAGGGCUUAAGAAGCUUGUGCUGACAAAAAAGACUAUCCCUUCUCCAGAGACUAGAGCAAAGGAAGAGCCAGUGGGGAAGGAGAGGUGUAGGGGAGGUUUUAAGUGUCCUGUAGGACAAAGCUUCUUAAAUUGGGUCAUGAGCCCAUAUGGGGUUGUAAAAAUUUUGGCAAGGUUUCUAAAUUCAACAACCAAAAUUUAAAAAUCAAAUACAUUAUGAAUCUGAGGUGUUCUUGACAGUGCGUGUCUGUGUUGUAUCAUGCAGCUUCACUCCAGCCUUCAUUCUGAACACACAGUAUACAUACUCAGCUCAAAUUCAAGACAGAAUCAAGUAAAAAUUUCUCAGGCAAAAAGAGGUUGGUUGGGAGUAGAAAAAGUUAAACUGAUAAAGGGCACUAUGAACUUAGCUUUAACAUUGUCACUGUUUUCAGGUGGUAUAAUAGUUCACAGGGGAACACUUAGCGAAAAAAAAUUAAGUAGGAGGUAAAGUCUUUUGCUGAGAGGGAAGGAGAAUCUGAAGAGGAGAGUGGACUAAUCACAGGUAAAAGCAGGAGGGCGCGUUCCAGUGGGAGAGAGAUGAUAACAACUGUCUGCAAAUAAGGUAUAUACAGGAUAAAUUGAAGAUAGUCAACUAAGAGAAGGUACCAAAAUUAGGAAGGAUGGUACUGAAACUAUCCAGUUUAUCAUUUCUUAUUCCACAAUAGUAUCUAUAAUAUUAAUAUACUAUCAUUUGUUUAACCAUUUACCACUAGGAGGAAAACCUUUUGGUUAUCUUUUUUUUUUCUAUUAUAAAAAUACCUGCUAAAAAUCUCUCUGUCUCUAUUUCUCUGUCUCUGUCUCUUCCUGUCUGUAUAUAUGUGUAUCUGUGUCCUUUCCCUCUUUCUAAUUGGGUUGUAGAUCUAGUAUUGCCAAACCGAAGUCUAAAUCACAUUCAUUGACUAAUAUCACAUAUCCAAUUCUUGCUAAGUUUAUAUCUAAGUCAUAUAUUCAUUGGGCAUGUGGCGUAGUGGAUAGAAUGCCAGACCUGGACUUAGCAACUCAUCUUAAGUUCAAAUCUGGUCUCAGACACUUAUUAGCUGUGUGACCCUGGGUGAAUCAUCUAACCCUGAUUACCUCAGUUUCCUCAUCUGUAAAAUGAAAUGGAGAAGAAAAUGACAAACCACUUUAGUAUCUUAACUAAGAAUUCUCCCCUCCUACUCCCCAGCCAAAAAGAAUCAUGUAGAGUUGGACACAAAACUAUUGAAAAACAACACAUAUUCAGUGCCUAAUAUCACAUAUCCAUAUAUCUAAGUCAGAUAUGCAUUUGGAGCUUAUUUUGUAUACAGCUGUGAUUUAGUUUUUAUUUAGAUACUUAAUUUCUGCCAGGCUUCCUUUUCAUUUUCUCUAGUAAUUCCAGUUAAGUUUGGAUACCUAUAUAUAUGAAAGGUAUUAUCAUAAACAAUCAAGAAAAAAAUCACUGAACAGAAAAGAGUACAUGACUAAAAAGAGAUGAGAGGAUCACAGGAUAUGAAAUGGAUGAUUCUGAUCAUAUGUAGUUAGAGUGGCAACAAAGGAAUCUUCACAGGAUUCUUUACAGUUUCUGGUAAAUGCCUCAUUUCUAAGAUUUGUAAGGAACUGAUUCAAAUAAGAGCCAUUCAAAAGGAAGAGAUUUAAGCUUGGAAUAUCCAUAUGACAAAUGUUUCAAACUAUUAAUCAGGGAAAUUAAAUUAAACAAAUUAAAGCAAGUGUGAAGGUCUCUCAUACCAACCUGACAAAUAUGACAAAGGAGAGAAAAAUUACAAAUGUUGGAGGGACUGUGGGAAAACAGGUAUAUUAAUGUAUUCUUGGAGUUGUGAAUUUGUCCCCCCCAUUUGAUUAAGGGCUAUGCCAGUGAAGUUACUAAAUUUUAUAUAUUCUUUGACCUGGUUAGGAUUUAACUGUUAGGUCUAUAUUCUAUUAACAAAUAAAAUAUAAGAGGAAAAGAGCCCACAGGUUUAGAAAGAAAAUUGCAACAGCUUUUUUUGUGGUGACAAUUAGAAACUGAGGAGGUGCCCAUCAAUUGGGAAAUUUUGAAACAAGUUGUGGUACAUGAACAUAAUGGAAUAAUGUACUGUAGGAAAUAAAGAUGAUUUCAGAAAAACUGGGAAAACUUGUAUGAAUUACUGAAGAGUAAAGUGAGCCAAUAUAAAGUUAUACAAUAACAUAAUGCUGUAAAGGCAAACAAUUAAAAAAUUCAAAGAUGUUAAAGGAUCUGACCAACGCAAUGACCAGCCAUGAUUCCAAAGGAUUUAUAAAACAUGUUACUGACAUCCUAAAAAGAAGUAAUAGACUCAAGAGUGCAGAUUGAAUCAGCUUGGAUUUUGGUGGUUUUUUGUUUUGUUUUCUGAUGUGGGUAAUAGGAGAUUUGGAUUGGUUGACUGUUCAGAUUUGUUAUAAAGACUGCUUUUCUUUCUUUUUCACUGGGGAAUUGGUGAGAAAAGGGGGAGAAGAUGACUUUUGGUUAAAUGAAAGUCUUAAUUUUAAAAAUGAUUUGGAAAGCCUUAAGAACUCUGAUUUACACAGUGACCAACUAUGAUUCUAGAAGUCUAGAUUCUAAUUCUGAUGAUUAAACAUGUUAUCUACCUCCUGAGAAAGCUGUGGUGCACUACUGGAUUCAGAGUGCUGAAUAGACAUAACUAGUGUGAGAAUUUAUUUUGGUUGUCUAUGCAAAUUUGUUACUCCCUCUCCACCUUUUUUUUUCUUUCUUUCUUUUUAACAGUGGAGGGGAGGGGUGGCAAGGGAAGGCAAAAGAAAUAAUGUUUUAUUAACUGAAAAGAUUUUAAUAAAAAAAAAACUUAAAAAAACCAAAAUGCAUUGGUAUUGUACUUAGGAGUUCUAGUUAGGACAAUUUUAUCUCAGAAUCUCAGAGUUGAAAGGGACCUCAGAACACCUAGACCUGACUUUGAAUUUGAAUCCCUCAACAAUAUAUUGAACAAAUGGUUAUCCAGCGAGAUCCUUGUCAAUGUGAUCUGAUUUAGUACAUGUAAGGGAGUUUUCCUUGACACUUGCAGAUAUGUACCUAUUGACCUCCUAUAUUGUCUGAAAUUUGACCAUUAGAGUUAUUUGCUUUUUUCCUAAACUCUCCAGUGAUAGCCCUUUCUAAAAACAUUGAAUCCUUAAUGGAGGGGAAAAAAAAGUACAUGAGAUCCCUAGCAGCACCCAAAAUAAAUGAACUUGUAGGGAUCAAGGAAGGGAAAUGAAUACUAAAAGUAUGUAUCAAUGGUAUUUGGAAAUUUCAUGGAAGACAAUCUUUGCCCUUUGGCUAAGGGUCAAGCUCUUUAUAGCUUAUUGAAUGUACCAGAGUGGUCAGGAGGUGAAACCUCCUCAUUCUGCUCUGUAGCUUCUUUCAAUCUUGCCAUACACUGUCCAAGAAAUUAACAGACCAAGCGGGUGAAGAUCAACCACUGCCUUUCCCAGUUUAACACUGCCAGUCCUCCAGGAAUGAAAAAUAGUAAGACAAAUAUAUCUUUCAUCCCCCUCCUCUUUCUUGAUAAUGCUUUCCUUCCCUCUCCUCCACCCUCUUUCCUUUCAAUAAGACACUGGCUGUCCCCCAGGACUAAAAUACUCGCAUCUCUUCUUUGCUACCUAACUUACCUUCCUUCAAAUCACAACUCAUAUAUUUCUUUUGUUUCCUUUCUUGUCAAAGUUGCAAAAUAGAUAUUAAUGAAAUACUUUAUAUCUUUCCUUUUAAACCAAACAACUCAUCAACCAACUUCUUCCCAAUCCAUCUGUUCAGAAAAAUGUCUUUUCACUAAGAACCUGAAUGUCUUUUCCUCCAUUUCUCUAGAAGGUCCAGACAUUCAAAUUUCCUGGAAAUCAGCAAAGAUCUGAGUUUUCCCUAGAAUUAAGAUGGGGAGAUUCUGCAUGGGUGGAUGACCAUGAACUAUUCUGCUGGGUACAUAGUCACUCAGCAAAUAUGGCACUCAGGAGGUGUCAGAUUCAAUUAAAUAUUAAUUGCCUACUAUAAUAAAAAUUAUAAUCUGCUUUAUAUAAGUGCAUUUAUAUAUUAUUAUAUAAAUAAAUUUUUAGAAUUUCAAAGCACUUGAAAUGUCACCUCAUUUGACCUCAUGAAUUCAUUAUUAACCUUGUUUUACAAAUAAGGAAACAGAUAUAAAGCAACAGAGCUCUACCCAGGAGGACUCAGUAAGUAUGUGAGAAACUAUUUGAGUUCAAAUCUUUCAGACUCCAAGUUCCCUAUUUUACCCACUGUACCCCAUAACUGUUUUGAUCAUGUUAAAUGUAGCAUGGCAUAGUGGAUAGGGGAUCAUCCUCAGAGCCAGUAAGACCUGAGUUCAAAUCUCCAUCUCUGAGCCAUAUAAAGUAGUCAAUCUCUAUAUAUAAACUUCAAUUUUCAGAAACUGUAAAAUGGAAUAGUAAGACACUACUUCCUGAAUCCACUUAGGUAAAGUGCUUUGUCAAUUUUGAGCCAUAACAAAAUGUGCUUUUUUUUUUUCUUGAUAGUCUGGUGAUGGAGGUUAAAGGCUAUAUAUGGACUAUUUGAUUCCAUUAAUGAAUGGAAAAUUAUUUGCUGAUCCAUAGCUACUGCAUCUUUUCCUAUCUAAAUAAAAUAUGAUCUUUAUCUUUCCUAAAUAAAGUCAUUAAGUUAUUUGAACUCUGUUCCCGGCUCAGUGAAAGGGACAAAGUUUUAUAACCACACCUCCAGAGAAAAUGGAGCUGAAAAUCGACUCAGUCUUCUGGAUCUUUGCUGUCUUGGGCUCCACUUGGAGUGGUGGUGAAGGUGUUCAACUGAAAUUGGACCAGGCCCUGCUCACCCUGUACAAUUACCUCCCUCAAGAAGGCCAGCUGUUCUACGUCUCAGCAUGUUGUUACAAGUGCCAAUCCCAAUUGCUGCUCACUAUAGGCCCUGGUUCUCCUGAUUCACCCACCAAUGCCAGCAUUUCUGUUAGCACUCAGUGUGUCCUCAACUUGAAGCUGUUUGUGGCAGAAGGAAAUAGCUGCAGCUGGAGUGAGUUUUAUAGAGAUCAUGGCUGGUAUUCAGUGUCUGUCCAGCCUUGGCCUCCAGGACAGAACAAGAGUGGAUUGUUUUGUAUCUUCAGAAAGGACCGUGACCCUCAGAACAGCUAUAUCCCUCUCCUGGUAGCCUUGGGUGCCUUUGUGACUGUGAUCCUGCUUUAUUUUCUGGGACUCCGUGUGUCAAAGCUUCGCUGUACUCAGGACUGCUACCAUCUGUUCCAACGCAAAUGUUUCCCUGGGAUGUUUAAUCAUGCACCGGAGCCUCACCUUCCUGACUGUGUUCCACCUGGUCAGCCUAAGAAGAAAAGACUUCUUUCUCUGGACACAUUCAGAGGCUUGUCCCUGACACUCAUGGUUUUUGUUAACUACGGCGGAGGUGGCUACUGGUUCUUUGAACAUGCUCCAUGGAAUGGCCUUACAGUUGCUGACUUGGUCAUGCCAUGGUUUGUCUUCAUUCUUGGCACUUCAGUGGGUCUUGCAUUUCAUAAUAUGCAGAGGAGAGGAGUGAAGACUAUACAGCUCCUCCGUAAGGUAGCCUGGAGAACUGGUGUCUUGAUUAUCAUUGGAGUCCUUUUUCUCAACUAUGGACCAGCAGAUGGACCUUUAUCCUGGAGCUGGGCAAGACUCCCAGGAGUGCUUCAAAGGCUUGGCUUCACCUAUUUUGCUGUGGCCCUGAUGCAGAUUGCUUUUGGGGUGACAGAUACACAGAUGUAUCAGGUUAACCUGUGGUUGGCUCCCUUCAGAGAUGUUGUCCUUUACUGGAAGGAGUGGUUUAUCAUCAUCAGCCUGGAAAUCCUUUGGUUGUGUCUGACCUUCUUGUUGCCUGUUCCUGGCUGUCCCAGAGGAUACCUGGGCCCUGGAGGGAUAGGAGAUGAAGGCAAAUACUUCAACUGUACAGGUGGAGCGGCAGCAUACAUUGACAAGUGGAUUCUGGGAGAAAAUCAUCUGUAUCAAUUCCCAUCUUGCAAGGAACUCUACAAGACAACACAGCCCUUUGAUCCUGAGGGCAUCUUGGGGACAAUUAACUCCAUUCUAAUGGCUUUCUUUGGGCUCCAGGCUGGAAAGAUUAUCCUAAUGUAUCGCAAUAAGCCACGGAGUAUCCUGAGAAGAUUUCUUAUCUGGUCCAUUUUGCUGGGGAUUAUUUCAGCUAUUCUCACUUUGGGCACACAGAAUGAAGGAUAUAUUCCAGUCAAUAAAAACCUCUGGUCUCUAUCCUUUGUCACAACUACCAGCUGCUUCUCCUUCAUCUUGCUGGGCCUGUUGUAUUACAUCAUUGAUAUGAAUGGUUGGUGGAAUGGCUGUCCUUUUAUUUUUCCAGGAAUGAAUUCCAUCUUGGUUUACGUUGGACACUCUCUCCUGGGUGGCUAUUUUCCUUUCAGCUGGGAGAUGAAGUCACCUACUUCUCAUGCUGAGCCCCUUGCCCAGGACUUGUUAGGCACAGCAAUCUGGGUCUUCAUUGCCUUCCUGCUAUUUAGAAAGAAUGUCUUCCUUAAGAUUUGAUACCUGGAAGCAAGCCCUGAAGAUACAGGUUUCUGAAGAAUUGAAAGAGAAGGAGAAAAGAAGAAAAGCAAGACAAAUGAAGGGAAGAAAGGAAGGAAAGAAGAAAAGAAAGAAAGAAAAAACAAAUUAAGAAACAAAGAAAGAAGAGAGGGAAGGAUAGAGGAAGGUAGGAAAGAAAAAGGGAGAGAGGAAAGAAGGAAGAAAGAAGAAAAGAAGUAAGGAAGAAAGGAAGGGAGAGAAGGAGGGAGGGAGGGAGGAAGGAAGUAAAAAGGAUGGGAAGAAAAGGAGAGAGAAAAAGAGGAAGGGGAGGCAAGAAGAAAGGAAGGAAAGAAAGAUAUAUGGAAAGAAGAGAAAAAGGAAAGAAAGAAAAGAGAAGAUUCACAGUUAAAGGAUAAUUUGUUAGAAAGUUAUGAGUGAGUAAAAGCAUGGAGCUGUAUAGGAAGUGUAUAUUGAACAAUGUGAUAUACUAGGUUAUAAUUGCUGGUGCCUUUCUGAUCAAUAAUACAUGUUUUCAAAAAGCCUCCUGUUUGCAUUUACACAAUGGACAGUAACCACUGCAAAGAAUCCAUUAAGGUCUAUUUUAAAAAGUGCAUUCGUAAAAAGUUGUCUAAAACUGCAUUACAAGGCAGAUUAUGAAACCUUUUUGGGAAAUAAAAAGCAUGCCAGCCAUGUUUGAGUUAAGACUAAAUCUCCAUUCGUAGUUGCUUCAUUAUUUCUACAUGAAUUACCCUAGAUAGUACGGUAGAAAAUGCUGGAUUGGGAAGCAAGAGACCUGAGAGGUCCAGAACCUCUCUUGACAUUCCUUAGUUGUCGGGAAAGGAUUUAAAGCUCUUUGUAUCUUGAUGUCCUUAUCUACAAAUGGGCAUAAUAAUAACUAUUUUUCUUAUCACCCAUGGUUAUUGU